AUGUCAGCCACAGCCAAAGCAUCGACUCCUCAGACCCCAUGCUCCAACUGUCGAGAGAAGGGCUGGACCUGCCAGCCGGUCCCACGCAAGUCACCGUUCCGACAGGGAUCUACGGCGGGCUUCGACGCCAGCUUUUCGGGAAACCAGGCUUGGGUGAGCAGUGAGCCCAAGCGGUGGAAGUCACUAUUCGGACAGCAGCACGUCUCCAAUGGGCUGGAGGUGCCGACACGCCACCUGAAUCGCCAACAAGCCAAUGGAUCAUCAUCUGAUCUCAGCCGUUCCAGCGCACUCAAGCGCAGGCAUGGCGAUGAGUCGCCAUGCUAUUUGGCACACCAGGCAUCCUUGCAAGAGGCUUGUCUACUUCGAUACUUUGUCGAGGAGAUUUCUCCCUGGUUCGAUCAUUGCGAUCAUCUCAGGCACUUCCGACUGGAAGUCCCCCGACGAGCACGGCACUGCUCGACAGUGCGAAACGCUAUUUUUGCUGUGUCGGCGCGGCAUCUGGCUCGUCUUCCCCAGUACAAAACCCCGCAAGGGAUUGUGUACCAUGGACAAUUACUCACGGAUAUGGAAGACGCCACCGCGGUGGAAUACACACUAAGGUGUAUACCCGACCUUGUCAAGUUUCCCGACGUAUCGGACCCGGUCGAUCAAGAGAAUAUCAUGGUCGCCGCAGUCAUCCUGCGCCAGUAUGAGGAGAUGGAGGAAGAUAUGGACGACGAAGGGCCUGCAGAGACUGCCGCCCACAGCCGAGUCAACUUUCUAGCCAUCACUCAGACAAUCAUCGAGUCGAUGAUGUCACAUCGCGUCGAGCAGUCGCUGGCAACAGCAGCAUACUGGAUCGCGGUCAGACAGGAGGUAUACUACGCGCUCACCAGAGAACGUGCUCCGAUCAUGCAGUUUCAGCCCCAGGACUGGAGAAGAGCAUCGGUCGCAAAUAAAUUCAUCAUGCUCGCCAGCGAGGUCACGAAGUGUUUCUGGGAAGACCGAUCGAUUGAUGAAUGGGAGCGGCUUGUGCGGCGUGAACAGGAACUGGUGGACGCGUGUCGAAGCAAACUAGUGCCUAUCCUUGAAAAGCGAGCGGAGAAGCUGCAGGGCCAGCCUUUUCCGACUAUCUGGUAUAGCUCCGAGGAUCAAAUAACAGGAAGCCAGCACCUUGAGCUAUCAAGAAUGAUCUUGACUGCCGAGAAUCCGCACCUUGAAAACGCAAACCGGGCGGCACAUCGCAGGACGGAAUCCCAAGUACGCUCCAUUGUUUUGAAAAUCUGUGGCAUUGCUCUGAAUCACAUUGAUUGCAAGCCGGCUCUGGUCAAUGGUGUGGUUGCUGUGAGUCUAUACGGGGAGUACUUUACGGAGCCUGAAGACCGAGAUGCAUUGGUCACAGAAAUCAUCCAUCGAGCUCAAGAAGUAAAGGCAUGGCCGAUGCAAAAGCGGCAUGAACGACUAAAGCAGCGAUGGCAGUGCAUGGACGGAUAA